UGCGGCAGGCGUGUCAAGUAAUGUUUCGUCAAGUGGUCGCUAGGUGGUACCUAAGUUCCACUCUUCCCCUUCCAUUAUUACAUAUAUACAACAUGGGAUUCUCAUUCCCCUUGUCCUCUCGGACAACCCUACUGAGGUUUCUUUGCAAUGAGCCGGCGCCCCAUCCCCCAUGGAUAUUCGCCCCUUUGAAGCUAAACUUUGCAUCUCGUAUUACGAGAACAUGCGAAUCAGUAUGUACGAGCAUUGACAGAACCACUGAAAUUUUUAAGGAUGUAUGCGCUACAAAUGCAAACUGCUUGUCAAGGGGAAGGCAAUGGAGAACCUGAUAUCCCGGCUAGCCUUCAUCAAGAACCUAUAAGACCCUCUACGCAAGAUUGUAGCUCUUUUGAUAUUGUUAGAGCUACUCAGUAUGGUGCGUUGGAUCGUGUUACGGAAUUAGUAGAAGCCGGAGCAGAUGUAAAUCAACCUGAUGCAGAAACAGUAACAUUACUGCAUUGGGCAGCAAUAAAUAAUUAUAAAGAUAUAGUAAAGUAUCUAAUUGCUAAAGGAGCUGUUGUAGAUGCUAUUGGUGGUGAAUUAGUUUCAACUCCAUUGCAUUGGGCAACUAGGCAAGGACAUUUAGGUAUAGUGGUUAUAUUGAUGAGAGCAGGAGCUGAUCCAACUUUAAGAGAUUCUGAAGGUUUUUCAUGUAUUCACUUAGCAGCUCUGUUUGGUCACACAGCUAUUGUAGCUUACUUAGUUGCUAAAGGAGUCAAUCCAAAUACGUUAGAUAAAAGUGCCAUGACACCUCUUAUGUGGAGCGCUUAUAAAGUUAAUAGUUUUUCAUUUUACAGUUUAGAUCCCACAAGAUUGUUAUUAACAUUAGGUGCAUCGCAUUCACUAACAGAUAAUUUACAUGGUAAUACAGCUUUACAUUGGGCUAUUAUAGCUAAAAAUAAUACAGCGAUAUCUACGUUAGUUCAUCAUGGAGCAUCCUUAGAUGUUCCAAACUUUAAACAUGAGACCCCAAUGACAUUAUUAGGCCCUCAUAUUGGAGCUGCUUGGUUGGGUCAUAAAAUAAGUCAAGAAAUUAAAGAAAAACAAGGACGUACAAGGACAUGGUGCAGGGAUAAGAGAAUACGCUGGUAUUGCAUGGUCAGUACUCCAUUUAUAGUGUUUUAUGUAAUAGGAAUGAUUCUACAAAGUGGAUUGGAUUAUUUAAUAAAACUAGGUGCCUUCAUAAUGCUCUAUGUAGGAAUAUAUUCAGCUAAUCAUUUUAUCUUUGAUGAACGACUAUUUCAUAUCUUGCCAUUGUCCAUUUAUUUGGCUACUAAGAUGUGGAUAUAUGUUACAUGGGUAUUCUGGUUAGGCAUUCAUGCAGCUUGGUAUUUAUGGUUAUUAUUAAUUGGGGGUUCUGUUCCUCUUUGGAUAUGCUUCUUACAAUCUUGGCGUGGAGAUCCAGGAGUAAUUACAGCAAGUCACGAAGAUAAAUUAAAUACAAUAAUAGAAUUAGCCGAAUCAGGUGGUUUUGAACCGCAAUGGUUUUGCAGCAGUUGUUUAGUUAGAAGACCUGUGCGAUCAAAGCAUUGUUCUACAUGUGAUAGAUGUAUUGCAAGAUUUGAUCAUCAUUGUCCUUGGGUUAAUAACUGUAUUGGAGCACACAAUCAUAAAUAUUUUCUAGGCUUUUUAGCAUCGUUAUUAGGUCUGUGCAUUGUUAUUUUAUCUGCUAGCGUGCAAUAUUGGCAGUUUGAAUGUUGGACUAAUUUGACAAAUGGUCAUAGCGCAGAUAAUUAUUUAGUAGCUGCUGCUACCUGCGAUGCUUGGAUUAUGUGGAUUGCAACAAAUACCUCUCUUCAUUCACUUUGGGUUGGGAUGUUGUUAGCUUGUCAAUGUUAUCAGAUCAUGGUACUUGGAAUGACUACAAAUGAAAGAAUGAAUGCUGGACGUUAUACACAUUUCAAACAAGGCAAUCCAUUCCAUCGUGGUGCGCUACAAAAUGCUGCUGAUUUUUGUAAUUUUAGUUUUUGUGGAGUAAAGGCGAAACCAAGUUCUGAUUGGUUACACAGUUUUGACCUUAAACAGAGCAUUGAAAAAUUACCUUUACUUGCUGCGAAAGAAAAUUUUCAAUAUGUUUAAGUUUGAUAGGUCAACGAAAACUUUCUUCAUUAACAUAAUAAAAAUCUAGCCAUUAGAAGCUAACCUAUGCCAUAUCAAAUACCUGAACUUCUGGCCCACCAAAGAAUUGUUAUGAAAAUGUAAGUGAUCUUUCAUAAAGCAGUAAUUACUCGCAUGAUUAUUUACAUACAUAUAUAUAUAUUUUAAGUAAUCCAAUCCAGUGAUAGAGCAUAAGAGUUUAAAAGUUUGUCUACUUUAAAAGACUGUUUGGUCACAAACAUGCAUAUCCCACGAUAUACAUUUUGCAACGGAGUAAUAUGCACAAUUAAUAUCUUCUCUCUUCUCUGAAAGUUAUGUAGUAAUCAAUUUUAAUUCUUCAUUGAGAUUAUACUUUUCAUGAUUCGAUGUGUGUAUCUUUAGCGUAUAUUCAUUUAAUGUCAGUGAUCAUUUACACACAAACACACACACACAUACACACCAAUUGUAUACUUCCCAAUAAUUUUAUUAUUCUGUAAUAUUUGUAAAUACAAAUGUCUUGCCAUUCUACAUAUAAAUUAAUUUCAAAUAUGUAGUCAACAAAAAUUCAUCAAUAUCAUCAGGAUAUUAUAUUGCAAUUCUAUAAAAACAGAAUAAUAAGAUCUGUAUUUGAAAAUCUAUAUUACAGAUAAUAAGAAAACGUAUAAAAUGAACAGAUAAUUAAGCAAUGUAAUGGGUUUAGAUUAAAUUAGGAUAUUUAAUUAACUAUAAGUCAGGAAUAUGCAUGAAUAUUACAUGCAAAUAAAAAACACAUUAAUUAUAUAUAUGGCUGCAUGGCCAAGAUCUCAUGUUUUAUUGCUUUACUGUGCCUUUGUCCGUCUUAAUCUGACAAUGGUAUCAAAAUCUUUAUCUAAUCUAGACCCAAGUAAUGACAUUGUUGAAUACUAUUAAGAUGUAUGUAUAUAUGAAUAUACAGAUACACAUAGACAUACACGUAACAAAUUAUAAUUAUGCUUUAUUGUUUAUUAAUUAUAGCUUUACUUGUUAAAAUAAUAUCCAUUUAAAUGAAGAGUAAAUUUUUAUCUAAAUAGAAUUAAUUGGAAGCACUUAUAUUAAACAGAUAAUAUGACAGACAGUUUUGAAAAUGUGUUACAUCAUUAACAAGAAAUUAAUUUUUAACAAACCUUGAAAUUAUUAUUGGAAUUUUCUUAAUUAAAAUUAUAAUAGAAUAGAAAAAAAUAAUUUAAAUGAAUAUGAAGGAAAGUAACAAUUUAUUUAAUAUAAUAAUUAAAUGCAAAGAGAUAAAACACAGUGAAAUAUAAACAUUUUUUAAAUUUUAUUGUUAAUGCUAGUUCAUCAAUUAUAUCCCAUUUUUAAAUAAGAUUAUGUACUGCGAAGUUUAACUAUAAUUAUAUUAUACUAUUUACUAUUUAUUUGUACUUAUAGAAAAAGAACUCUAAUAUACGAAUGAUAUUGUAGUUACAAAGUAUAUACACACGUCUUCAGAAAUCAUUGUAAAAGAAAAACUUUGGCACAAAGCUUGCCAUUAAAUUUUUAUCUAUUGAAAAUAAUACGUUAAAGAAUUAUCAAUGUUAAUGUAAAUUAGAAAAAUAUGUACUAUUAUUACAAAUCUGUAGAGGUUGUACUUAAAAACGCUAUACUAUAUUUAUACUUAUACACAUGUAAUGAAGAAAAAAGUCAGGUAUUCACUAAAAAUAUUUGUUAUACUGUGAAUGAAAAACAAAAAAAUAUUCUAUUAUUUAUGUGAUAUCUAAAAUAGUAAUUGUAAAGACAAGAAAAACAGAAAAAAAAACAUAGUAUUUGUAGCUUAUUUAUAAUUUUAUGUUCACUUUUUCUUAAAGAUAUUUUAUUAUUAAUAUUAAUUAAGCAUUAAUUACACAUUUGACUGAAAUCAAAAUUAUUUCUUAUACAUUCCAAAAGUUAAAUGUGUAUUAUAACCAAUUUAUAGAUGUAACAAUAUCUUUCAAUGCAUUAUGCUAAACAUUAAUUUUAGAAUAUUACUUUUACUGAUCAUUGACUACCACAAAUAUUUGAUGUGGUGCUUGAGUGAUCAAAGGUGUAAAUUAUAUAGUAAGAAUUUUUUCAAUAACUUUUAAAAUAAAUUAUAAUUGUGAAUGAAAUAAUGCUACUUUGUAACACUGAAUUUCAUCUACACUUAUAAUAAUUUUGUACGAUAAGUAACUAUGUACAUGUAGUUAAAAGAUCUAGUAAUUGGAUAAUCAUAUAAAUUUUACCCAAAAAUAAUAUAAAUGUCAAUAAAAGAGUAUUCUUAUUAAUUUCUUAAUCUAGAAAUAUCAUUGUGCUAUCAAAAGUUUCAAUGAGGACAACUUAAUGAUGAUGUUUCUUUGAUUCAAUAUAUUAAAAUAUUGAAAAUAUAGUAUUUUAAAUAUAGUCACUAAUUAAACAGAAAGCAAUAUAAUGCUGUACAAAUGUUUCUUAAAUAUCUUUUUACUAAUCAGACAGUGCCUGAGAAUAAUAGCAAAAUUAAAAAUAUAAGAAAUAAUUGUGCAUUAUAAUUAUCAGAAAAAAAUAUGAGAUAAUCUUGGCACUGAGUAGAGACAAUUAUCUCAAACUUUUGUGACUAAUCAGUAAUUCGUUUAUUUUUAUGUAAAUUCUGUAUAGUUUAAUUGUGUGUUCUGCAAAGGAAUACAUAGUAAUAAUAAUAGAUGUGAUUUUGGUGUUUUCAUUGUAGACAAACGUAUUAGCGAAAAGCAUUCAGCAAGGUAUUCAAUAUAGCAUAAAUUUAUAUAACCUUUUACAGUUUAAUGCGCUUGUACAGAAUCGCUAAGAAACAUAUGUACAAAAAUUGAAAAUAUAUAAGUAUAUUUAUCCUAAAUUACCAAAAAUUUAAAUAUAUGACACAUACAUACAUGCAAUUCCAAAUAAAUAUUCUCUAUGUCAAUGUAACUUAA